UUCUGACCCAUAAAGAGAAAUCUUUGGUUGGCAUUGCUCUGAUUAGAAUAAUGGCGGAGUUGCUGCCGAAUUUCUCAUUUCAUUUGCGAGUAAUGACACGUCUGGCAUAACAGUGUUUGUUUGUUUGUUUGUUUUCUUUAUGUGGCUCUGUUAGUGGGACAAUCUGCAGAAUCCCUUGUCAAAUAUCACUGCUGUUAUACGAGUAUGGUCUGAUCCUUCUUAAGUUAACGAGCAGUGCAGCCCAACUGGUCAUGGAAGAAACUUCUGUAUGGACCCUGACUGCCAGGUGCUAGCUGCUUUAUCCUCCAACUGCUGGUCAAAAACACCACAUACAUCCACCUUCUAUCUAUUUCUUCUUUCAAUUGUACAAUUAUAUAUAAAAGAAUAAUUAAUAAAUAAAUAAAAGAAAAACACUACCCUUCCUCUAUAGAUAUCCACUCUGCAUGGUUUGGUUUCCAUGUCUAACAAGGCAAUUCUCGGUGAUUUUCAUGUCCACAAGAUUAAACAUGGCGAUAGUUUGUGAUUAUCAAUAUGUUGUCGCCACUGAGUAAUUAAUUCAAUCGUGUUGGUUUCAGCCUGCAAUACCUGGAUUGAAACCUGCAAAGAUGUCCAAAAGAUUGCGAGCAAGUGGUUCUGAAAAAUCCCCAUCACCUGAAGAGCAGCGAGCUAAGAUCAAUGAUGUUAAGAAGAUGAUAGGUGCUCUUGCUGAUAAGUUUCCAGCACUUUGUUCUGAUGCAUCAAUAUUGAGGUAUCUCAGAGCAAGAAACUGGAGUGUAAAGAAGGCAGCCAAAAUGUUGAAAGAAACCUUAAAGUGGAGGCUCGAAUUCAAGCCUGAGAAGCUCCAAUGGGAGGAUAUUGCCCAUGAAGCUGAGACAGGAAAAAUAUACAAAGCUAACUAUUUUGACAAGAAGGGAAGAACUGUAAUUGUCGUGAGACCUGGUUUCCAGAAUACAAGUGCGGUAGCAGGACAGAUCAAACACUUAGUUUAUUGUGUGGAAAAUGCCAUACUGACUAUGAACCCAGAUCAGGAACAAAUGACAUGGCUAGUUGAUUUUCAAUGGUGGACAAUGGCCUGCAUCUCAGUGAAGGCAGCUCGAGACACACUUAAAAUCUUGCAGGAUCAUUACCCUGAGAGACUGGGUGUUGCAAUCCUCUACAAUCCACCUAAAGUAUUCGAGUCCUUUUGGACGAUGAUGAAACCCUUUAUUGAGCCAAAGACAUACAAGAAAGUGAAUUUUGUCUAUUCUAAUAAGCCACAAAGCAGAAAGAUAAUGGAAGAGAUCUUUGACAUGGAUAAGCUGGAAUCAACCUUUGGAGGAAGAAACUCGAUUGUAUUUGACUAUGAAGCUUACGGAUUGCGGAUGAAGCAGGAAGACAAGAAAUUUUCUGACUUAAACAGCUCUGAAUCUGCAUUGCCAAUGCUGUCUAUUACAUUGGAAUCACAGCAUUCAGAUUCAUUGAUUCCAAAUGAAGAUUCAUCUUCAUCUACUGAUGAAGAUACUUCAAACUUGGAGUUGGAUCUUGAUGAGGAAACACAAGAUCAGCCUUGUAAUUGCAAGGAUGACGACAAUGACGAUGCAGCAGAAGUGGGUCCUGAUAAGGAAACAGAAGAUCAACCUUGUAGUUGCAAAAAUGUUGGAAAUGGUGAUGCAGCAGAAGUGGUGAAAGAACUGAAAUAAGAUCAGUUUAACACACUUCUUGACAUCUAGACAAUGUUGAUGAGCACAAGGCUCGAAAAAUGUGAACUUGACCCGGGAAAAGAUGCAAAAAUUAGCGAGUUAACAUGAGAUGAAAGGAUGGUUUCUGGUAUUAUUGUUAUUCUUUUUCAGUUGUUGAAGAUGCAAAAUUGCACCUUAUAAAAUAGCAUGAACUCAA